UUUAUGGCGAUUGCGUUGGUGCUGGUAAUUGGAAAAUCAAAUGCAAUUACCGAAAUACUUUGUUCUUUCAAUUACACUCCUAAAUCAAAUGCCACUACCGAUAUAUUUAGUUCUUGCAUUUACAAUGACAAGGGGUUCGUUCUGGAAAUUAACUGUGAGGUGCGUUCUGAGUGGAGAUUUUCAGAAUUCCGCCAGUGGACCCUGUCACAGAGCCACCCAGCGAUACAUUUGAAUAUUGCAUGUAAAGGUGGACAACUCGUACUCACCCAUCCAAUAAAUGCCAGGAAUCUGACAGAACUACGAAUAAAAGAUUGUCUUAAAAUAGAGGGGAUAUUUUCAAAGUUUGAAGAACAAGUUCUGAGAAAUGCUGAUGCCACUGAGGACACCAACAUGACAUUACGAGUUUUGGAAAUUACAAAUUCUUCGUACUUGUACGAUACCAAAAGCAUUCUUCAGCAUUCAGAUUGGUUACAGAGACUUUACGGCUGCGUGACCUUCUUUCCUCGAGGACUUCGUGUCUUAAAACAGAGUAAAACAAGUUUUGAAGGCGAUUUUGACGGAUUUCAAGACUUACCUGUCGGAAAUACCUGUGAUUACAACGAAUUGGAAGUGUACGAAAAGUCUGUUUUUCAGUCGAAGUUGUCCUUUUUAUACGAAAAUUCGGAGAAUGAAAUAUUUUAUUUUCUACGUUUUGGAAAGUUUAAGAACUUGCGUAUUGCAAAUUUCUCAAACGCGAAUUUACACUUUAUACCAACCCACUUUACAGAGUACAACUGGUUUCGACGAUUUGAAUCCAUCGAAAUAAUUGAUCUUUCGUAUAACAGAAUAAAAGAAAUCCCAUAUCUAAGGAAUCCACACCAUAGCGGUGUAAAAAUCAUUUUACAUCACAACAACAUUUCCAAAAUCACUAUGACCUUGUUAGACAAACUAAGACAUGCUAAUGACAUACUAAUUGAUUUUUCUAAGAACAUAUUUUCUUGCACCUGCGAGAACGAUCAUGAAGAAAUACUUCGCUUUGUCAAGAACAAGUUCGAAGAAAAAUGGGCAAAGCCUUAUCGAUUUCUUGCAAACGAAACUUGCUCAUUUCCAUCGACUUUACAAGGGAUGACAUUCAAAUCUCUUGACGCUAAACUUCUCUGUCCAGAAAUAUCCGAAUACCCUAAUAUGACCUUCAAAUCCCUUGACGCCGAGCUUCUCUGUCCAGAAUACCCGAAUAUCUCGUUCAUCAUUCUGAUUGUUCUGGCAGUUUUCGCCCUUAUUUGUAUUGUCAUUAUGUUUAGGAGGGAAAUCAAAAUGUUGUCCUACACGAGACUUGGGAUCCGCCUCUGGAGACAAAAAAGAAGUGCCAAUAUUCGAUUAAAGGAGUACGACGCCUUCAUAUCCUAUAGUACAUUGGAUGAGAGUUGGGUCUUGGGAACUCUUUGUAAGCGCUUGGAAAAACUUAGGCUUUGUCUUCACCAUAAACACUUUGUUCUUGGGGCCUGUAUAUCGGACAACAUCAUUGAAAGUGUUGAGAAAAGCAGACACACGAUAAUUGUGUUGUCCGAAAAUUUUCUGCAGAGCGAGUGGUGCCUAUUGGAAUUCCGAAAAGCUUUUCAUCAGACGCUCCUGGAAAGAUCGAAACGCCAUUUAAUUGUUAUUCUGAUGAACAAUCUUAAAAUUGAUACUCUUGAACCGGAAAUGAAGCAUUUCUUACAAACUCAUACCUACCUUAAACUAAAUGACUUCUUGUUUUGGGAUCGUCUUAUUUACGCUGUUUCGGACGCAAAGUUUCAAUCAUCCGAAAAACGGAGGCAAUUUGGAAAAGAAAAUUCCUUGUCUGUAGACAAACUGGAGGUCGAUCCUCUAAAAUCAGAAUCUGUAGUCACAGUUGAUUAUAGCAACUAAGGGACAAUAAAUAGUGUUAGCAACUUUACAAACUUAUGUACAUACACAGAUUGAUAGACUGCACCAUACUGCUAUUUACAGACCAUUGCAUUAGAAGUAGCUAUUAGGUUUUCUUUGUUGUUUGCCUAUAGAAAUUUAUCAUUAACUGUAUACUAUAGAAGUACGUUUUUCCGCGAGGUAUUAAUUUACGCUAUGUACGCGGUCACAAAUUUUCCGCGGAAAUUUGUCCAAGUGUACUUAUAAAUGCAAAGCAUAUAGUGACAGUCUGAGAAAUCCGCGUAAUUUUCAACCUGCGGAUUAAAUGGAAAUUGAGAUUCCGCGGAAUUAUGACCCUGUGGGAAAAAGUACGUCUACAGUAUCUCAAGAAUCUUAGGUGAAAUAGCUACGGUGAAAAUAAGAUUGCAUAAUUGAUGGUAUGUUGUUUUUCAUUUUAUUCGAAAUUUUUCAAUUAAUUAGACAUUGCGA